UAUACAACAACAACAGCAACAAUCCAUAUAACAAUCCAUACAAAAUGCAUUUAACAACAACAUCCAGUAAUUCAACGGCAUCCAAUGCCAACAACAAUAAUAAUAAUAAUAAUAAUAAUAAUACAACAAAUAAUAACAACAACUCGAGCAGUAAUAACAACAACAAUAGUAGCCAAACGAAUGGCUCCAACAACAACAACAACAAUACAAGCAGCAACAACAACAACAAUAGCAAUAACAACAACAAUACGGAACAAAAUACACCACCAACACCCGCCCAAUUAUUAAACGAGGCCUACACCAAAAUGACCUCCGACAUCCUGGCGGAAAGGACACUGGGCGACUUCCUAACCGAACAUCCCGGCGAACUGAUCCGCACCAGUAGCCCGCUCUUCGUCUGCACCGUCCUACCGCCCCACUGGCGAUCGAACAAAACGCUACCGGUGGCCUUCAAGGUUGUGUCCUUGGGCGAUAUCAUGGACGGAACGAUGGUGACUGUCCGGGCGGGCAAUGAUGAGAACUAUUGCGCCGAAUUGCGCAACUGUACGGCGGUGAUGAAGAACCAGGUGGCCAAGUUCAAUGAUCUGCGAUUCGUGGGAAGGAGUGGACGAGGGAAAAGCUUCACGCUAACCAUCACCGUGUCAACGAAUCCACCGCAUAUAGCCACCUACAACAAGGCCAUCAAAGUGACGGUCGACGGGCCACGCGAACCCCGUUCCAAGACAAUGUUAUCCCUUUUAGGACAGCAACAACAAUUCCACUUCGCCUUUGGCCAGCGACCCUUCCACUUCUCCACGGAUCCCCUUUCCGGCUUCCGGAUGCCACCAAUUGGCAACUGUCAGAGUGCCAGUAACACGCAUUGGGGCUACGGUUCGGCCGCCUCGGCUUACUCCCCAUACUUGGCCAGCAGCGGCCUGUCCUCCUGCACCACGCCCACUUCCGCCCAGUUCAACAAUCCAGCUCUGGGCUUCACCUGCUCCUCGAACGAUCAGACCAACAAUCAGGACUUUGGUGGAGCCACCAACCGCGAUUGUGUCCCAAUGUUGCCCGACUCGACAGCCAGCGACUUGGACCAGCACCUGAGCAGCCUGGUGGGCUCCACCAGUGGCCAGAUGACCCACCACAGCCUUCUGGGCGCCACCGGGCAGACCUCGAUCUCCUCGACGGUGAACGGGGCAAGUGGCGGUAGUGCGGGCGGCGGGGCGGGUGGUGCCGGAGGUGGGGCGGGAGCAGCGGGAGCCGGGGCUGCCGGGGGUGGGGGCAGCAACUCCAUACUGGUGCCGCGCUACCACACCAACACGAGCAACGAAUACAACGUCCACUCCAGCCAGAAUGGGCCGCGCAGCUUGAGCGACAGCUCGCAGGCCGAGUCGCCCGUACAGGAGGACCUGCUCUCCACGAACACCCCCAACUUGGGGAGUACGGGUGCCGCCGGGGCCAAUGGCGGGGCAGCCAAUGCCGGGGGGAGUGGCGGGGCGGCUGGAACGGGCUCCUCCUCGGGUGCCGGAGGAGCUGCCAUUCCGGCUGGGAAUCCCAGCAUGCUGGGCGCCAAUCAAAACUUUCCGGGGAUUGUGAAUCAGGCUCAGCACGCCUCCGCCUCCGCCUACGGGGGCGGUGCCGGAGUGGGCGUAGGUGUGGGCGUGGGCGUCGGGGGAGGGCAUGGCAGUGCAGCGGCAGCGGCGGCGGGGUGCAACGGAUCACUGUAUCCCGUGCUGCCGGCCUCGCUCCUCUACUCCCAGCUGUACACGGCGGCCAACCAGUCCGCCCACGGCUUCCACUCCCACACCCUGCCCGCCCACGCCUCGCCCAACUCCUCGGUGCACGGCGAGCUGCAGAGCGUCAUGGAUCACAUCAGCAAUGUGGGGGUGCGGCAGCAGCACAACAUCAUGGCCGGGGGCGGGGUAACCCAUCCGGGAGAUCUGACCCUCAUCGGCAAUUGCGGCGCCUCGGUGCGGAACAUCGAGGACGGGAACAGCAAUAGGCAGGUGGCCGCCUUAGCCGCCCAUCGCGGCCACCACAACCCCACCGACAACGGGGGCAGCGUGUGGCGGCCCUAUUGAGGUCAGGUUUUGUGGUGCGGCUCCGCGGUUCUAUAG